UGUGUAUCUACCAUUCAACGCCAACGAAAGACUUCCGGAACCUCGACUUUGUGGUUUGGUAACACACAAAACAAGUACUGAUGCUCCCCUUGCCCCUCUCUUCUUCUUCUUCUUCUGCUACUUCCACCGCAACGGUGCACCCUCUUCCCUCUCUCUAGCCAUGUCGACCCAGUCCUCUUCCGACUCCAACGCCCCUCUCCUCCGUCCCCGCCAGGGUGACUCCGACUCUCCCCCCUCCCCCGCCCGCCCUGCCACCCUCGCCACCCUCCUCGGCCGCGCAUCCGGCCGCCGAGGCCCCUCCAUGCUCGUCCGUGAAACCGCCGCCCGCCACUUGGAGGAGCGCCGCGCCGACUGGGGUUACUCCAAGCCCGUCGUAGCCCUCGACAUGAUGUGGAACACCGCCUUCGUUGUCGUCUCCGCCGUCAUGCUUCUUUGCACUUUGGAAGAGCGUCCCAACACGCCCAUUCGGCUCUGGAUCUGCGGCUAUGCGCUGCAGUGCGCCGUGCACGUCGUGCUCGUCUGGUUGGAGUAUCGCAGUAGGAACACGCGGAGGUUGUCUACUACGGACGAUGAGAAUCAGGUGGAGGCUGGGGGGGAAGCCAACGAUAGCGAGGACGAGGAGCAUGGCGUCGACAGGGUCUCCGCGAGUUUCAGCCGGUCCAGUUUCGCUAAACGUUGUGAAUCGGUGAAUACAAUGGCAUCGUUUCUCUGGUGGAUAGUUGGCUUUUAUUGGGUUGUCUCUGGUGGUGAUGAACUGAUGCAAAAUGCUCCACGUUUGUACUGGUUGGCUGUUGUUUUCCUGGCAUUUGAUGUCUUCUUUGCGAUCUUUUGUGUUGUUUUGGCAUGUUUGAUUGGAAUUGCUCUCUGUUGCUGUUUGCCAUGCAUAAUUGCAAUUCUUUAUGCUGUUGCAGGACAGGAAGGAGCAUCAGAAGCAGAUCUCAGUAUACUUCCAAAAUAUAGAUUCCAAGUAUUAAGCACUGUGGAAAAGCCUAGUGGGGGAGCAGGGUCAAUGGUUCCCGUAGAAACGAACAGUGGAUAUCUGGCAAAUGAACAAUUACUUCUACCUGAGGAUGCGGAAUGCUGUAUAUGUCUCACCUCAUAUGAGGAUGGAGCAGAGCUCCAUGCUCUUCCCUGCAACCAUCAUUUCCAUUCUACAUGUAUUGUGAAAUGGCUGAAGAUGAAUGCAACAUGUCCACUGUGCAAGUUUAACAUUCUCAAGGGAAGUGAACAGGUAUGAAGAAAAGAUAGGAACUCCCUAGUGUCUGGGUUCAUGUAUCCACAAUUUGUUCAUCUGUUUGUACAGAAAAUUGAGGCAGAAAUAGGAAAGCUUCACCAAAUUUUAUUGACAAGAAGUUACAGCAACUUGUCAACUGAGCCUCAUUGUCUGUUUUACGGCCAUUUGGAGUUCCUUCAUUCUUCUUGCCUCUGUAUGACUUCUUUCUUAUGCUUGCACAGAAAAUGGGGCAAUUGAUGUGCAGUUAUUACAUAGAUGCUUAAGUUUCUUUGUUGUAUGAUUUUGUAGUUGAAAGGAAAUUGAUUGCUUCACAUAUCUCUGUAUUCUUAUAAUAUUUGACUGAUAAACAUGUACUGGUAAACAUAUGCGGUUGUACCUAUGUGAUUUUGGCAAUAGAUAUUAUGAAUCUGAGGGUUGGGAAGCUUUUCUUAUUA